AUGGAUACCUCCUCGGUCCCUCUGCUCAACUACGGCCUGCAGUACCAGUGGUGCUCCGACUCGGAUCUCUCUAGUAUCUCUUCUCCAGAAACCCUCUCUCCUGUACCAUCUAUGGACUCCAGCCUCUCUCCUUCCUACCAACAGCUGCCACAGUCGACUCCUAAGGCAGCUAAAACAGGAUAUUCCCAGACCCUCAAAUCCUCACCUUGCUCCCUGUCUGGACGUGGCCGGAAGACGGGCCGAGCCACCCGGAUCCGCAGCAAGCAGAGGGAGAGCGCCAGCGAGAAGGAGAAGCUUAGGAUGAGGGAUCUGACCAAGGCUCUGCAUCACCUCAGGUCCUACCUCCCGCCCUCGGUGGCCCCCGCUGGACAGACUUUGACAAAAAUUGAGACCCUUCGCCUCACCAUCCGCUACAUCUCCUACCUGUCGGCACAGCUGGGCCUCAGCGAGGAGGUGCUGUUUCAGAGGAGGGAACAAGGAGACGCAUCGGUCAGUGACACCUCCUCACCUGACAUCCUCAGCUACUUCCAGCAUGACUCCCUGGUAGGCCAGGAGGCCCAGCUGCAGAACCAGAGCCUGAACCAGGGCCUGUACUCAGCCCACAGCCAGAGCACCAUGCUGCAUUCUGGGAGCUGUAGUUUUGGAAUGGAUCAGUACAUGGAAGCUCCUCAGAGUGACAUGAGCUUGAAUACAAUCCUGCAGUCACCUCCAGCAACAAAGCCCUCCUGUCAGGUAUGA